AUGUUCUAUGCUACGUGUACACAUCGGGCACAACCGGCAAUCCAAAACCCGCCGUCAUCAAACAUUUCCGGUUUGUGUAGUUCUAGUUAUCCGCGAGAAGAGCUGAGUGAGGGUUGCGUGAUAUUACAUGUACGAGUGAGGGAAUAUCAUAGCGUUAUAAUGGAGUUUUUACUGACAACAUCCUCCAUUACACCUUCCAUAUACAAAUGCGAUGUUAUGCUUUUAUGA